AUGCAACAUACAUCGUCAACGCCUCCACCAUUAAUUGAAAAUUGUCAAAUUUUACCUAUGUCUACAACAACGAUAUCAGAAAUUUCCAAAUCUAAUGAUAAUCAUUAUACAUCACUUUUAUUAAAAAAGAAAUUAGCCAUAUUUGAUAGUGCAUCAAAAAAUACAACAACAGAAGUCAGUAUCGCAAAUGAUACUAUCGUUAAUCCUGUUUCUUUAAUCAAACCAUCAAGUACAACUUUAUCACUCAAUGAGAAUGAACCUGUGAAAAGUGCCAGUCGACGUCGUAAACCACUUCGUCCUUGGUCAUUGUCUGCACGUGGUGAAAGACCGAAUUCUAACAAUUGUAUCAAUCAUUCGAUUGAACCCAUCAGUGAUAACGAUGAUGAUGAUGAUGAUGAUGAUGAUAAUGAUAAUCAAAUGGAAAUGAAAUAUUCACCUGUGAAUCAUGAAACAACAAAUAGUAAUAUGGAAGAAAGUGAUGAUCAAGAUAUUGAAUGGCCAAAAUGUUUAUCAACAAUUGAAGAAAUUCUUAAAAUGUAUGUUGAAACCAAUCGAGUAGUACAAUGUGUUCGCUGUGGUACAAAUGCUAAUCAGGAUAAUCUACUCGAACAUGUAUCUAUUCAUUAUCCAUACAAAUGUUAUUCAUGUGGUUUCUAUUGUGAUUCAUCAUCGAGUCUUGACGAACACAAUCGAACACAUACACCAUCGAGCCAAACAAAAUCCAUAAUGGAACAAUUACCGGCACCUGCUGUACCUGUAUCAACUUCAAUAAAAUCAUCUGAAUCAUUAAAUGGUACUAAUACGACGAGUAAUAACAGUGAAAAAUCAACUCCACCUAGUAAAGCCAAAGUUCAUCGAUGUCGACAAUGUUCAUUUGUAUCCAGUGUUAAGGAAGAUUACUGGGCACAUCAUCGAGUACAUAUACGAGCUGAUAAAAUACUUGAAUGUCCAAGUUGUCCAUUUGUUACUGAAUAUAAACAUCAUCUUGAAUAUCAUUUACGCAAUCAUCUUGGUUCUAAACCGUUUAAAUGUUCUAAAUGUGAUUAUGCAUGUGUUAAUUUAUCUAUGUUACGUUCACAUAAAAAAUCUCAUUAUCGCCAUCUUUUAUUUAAAUGUUCAAACUGUUCAUUUGAAUCAAAACAGUAUCAAGCAUUACAAGAACAUUUACAAAUUGAAGGACACGAACCGUAUGUUGAUGAAAAUAUUGAAGAAUUUCUCAAAGAAUAUGCUAAUGGAAAUAUGAAUAAUCCAACUAAUAAUAAUAAUAAUCCGACUAGUAAUUCUCCGCCACCAUCAAUCACCACGGGAGCAGCACAAAAAACUAAUACUCGUUCAUCAAAAAAACGUAAGACGGCACCGACAACCAAUACACCAGUUAUUGUUAAACGUACUUCAUCAACAUCGUCAAUGGGCUCGUCGGGUGCAGCCAUGUCACCAAUAUCAAAUGACGAACGUCAAAUAGAUUCCACGAAUCAACAAACAACAACACCAUUGUCGACGCCAUCAUUACCACUUGUUUGUAGUCUUUGUGAUUAUGUUGCUGCAUCGAAAGAAGGACUUGGUGUACAUUUAUUUCAGCAUGCUUGUAAAAAAAGUGACUUACUCAAUCGAUCACUUCUAGCUAGUGCAACGGUAGAUUCAACAACAAAAUUAAUGGAAUUAUUCAAUGGAAAACUUGGAUCAUUUAAUAAUGGACAGUUAAAUGACUUUAUCGCUCCAUAUCAACAAUUUCUUACUCAACAAAUCCAAUCUCAUUUAUCAUCGACCAGUGUAUUAUCAUCAAUGCCUACAAGUGUCCAUUCCUAUCAUCUCGAUAAUAAUAAUAACCAUGCACCGGCACCACCAUCUUUACUUAAUGGUGGUUAUUCGUUAUUGUCAUCGUGUAUUAAGAAUGAAUCGAAUGAAAAUCAUCUUCCAUCAUCAAAGCUCGAUACCAAUGUAAAACGACAACGAAAAGGACAAGCGCCAUUUAAAUAUUCAGCUGAUACUAGUCAUGAUGAACAUUCAAAUGAAUUCAUAAAUCGUCAUGAUCAACAAACACAAGUUGAUGAAUGUCAAAUAAAACGUUUAUUUGAAUGUUUUCAUUGUGAAAUUAUUUUCAAAGAUUUUGCAAUGUAUUGUACACAUAAACAGUUACAUUAUUCGCCUGAUAAUCCAUUUCGUUGUGCCCAAUGUGGAGAACAAAAAGCCAAUAAGUACGACUUUUUUGUACAUGUUGCUCAACAAGCCCAUGAACUAACCUGA